UUCUCACAACAUCAAGCGCUAGCUGCAGCUGCGACUGGAAGCUAACGCUAGCUGGAUCUAUUGUCAGGAUAUUUUAACCACAUAAACACAGCAAAACAUGUCAGAUACGGAGACAAAACCGUCCAGCGGAGACGGAGGGGACAAGAAGGACGGAGAGUACAUCAAGUUAAAAGUGAUCGGUCAGGACAGCAGCGAAAUCCACUUUAAGGUCAAAAUGACGACACAUCUGAAGAAGCUGAAGGAGUCUUACAGCCAGCGACAGGGAGUUCCAGCAAGCACGCUAAGGUUUCUGUUUGAAGGACAGAGAAUCGCAGACAACCAAACUCCGAAAGAGCUGGGGAUGGAGGACGAGGACGUCAUCGAGGUUUAUCAAGAACAGACUGGCGGACUUUGGAAUGAUUAAACGUUUCUGCAUUUUUAAAUCUUUUUUUUUCCUUUCCUUUUUUUUGUAUUUUAUUUUGUAUGUAUAUUCGUAUUUUUGUUCAGUUUCAAACCAUCUGGAUCAAAAGCGACUCUUAUCAGGGCUUCCAUGUGUGAGGGCAGACAGGUGAGCAGACGGAGGUGAGGACGAGGAAAGAGGACAGCGGGUUUCUGGUUCUCUGAAGUGCAGGGACGAUUAUGUCGUUGACCCGAGCAAUAGCAUUCAACGUGAGUGUUACACCCAGAUCUACCAAGACAAACUUACUUUUCUGUGUUUGUUUUUUUGUCCUGUCUUUUUGGGGUUUUAGCAGAAGCAAAUCAUGUCAUCAAGGAACAAUCACCAUUAAAGGAAUAGUUCACCCAAAACUGAAAA